AGAUCAAAACAAAAGGCAUGAAGUAAAUUCAGCACCAGCUGCAGUGGCCGGACAGGUUGCCUAGGGGCCUCGUUGCCACCCCUGCCCCCCCAUCUUGAGUGCAUCCACGAUGAGAAAAAUUGGAGAAACUGGCAGGAUGGUGAUCAAAUGCAGGACUGGAGGGCCCAGACUAUGGGUACCAUAGAGUUCUCUUCAGACGAAAGCAAAACCAAUUUUGAAGUGGCAAAGAUUUCUCUUUCACAAUGCAGCCCCCAUUUUUCUCCUUCUCCUUUCGGCCUCUAAGUUCGGGCCACGCCAGCAGACUCAUAUUUUUCCUCUUUGUUUUUGGAGUUGUAGUGUUCUGUGCGGGAUUCCUCCUUUCCAUCUUUGGUUUCCAGUCCUGUACUUCAGAUACCCUCUCCAGCUGCAAUGUCACCUUCAAAGUAGUCGGUCCUGCCCUUGCUGUAGUAGGGCUGGCAUCGGUCUUGAUGGCGAGAUCUAGAGCUAGGCUGGAAGUCAGGAGAAGAGAAAUGGUGGGAGACCAGACGGACCCAGACACUGUCUUUCUCUGUGGUGAAAGCCGACAAUUUAUUCAGUUUCUCAUAUUUGGCAUCUUGUUUGUCUCCUCUGGCAUUCUCAUUAGUGUGCUGGGGGUUUGGAUUCCUGGAUGCGGUUUAGGGUUGCCGCACCACAAUGUCAAUGGGACCGUGUCUGACUACAAAACCUGUGGAUUCCUUUCUCUUCAAAUAAUGGGACCUUUGAUUGUGCUGCUGGGGCUCUGCUUCUUUGUGGUAGCUCAUGUAAAGAAACGGCAUAACAGCAGUGAAAGAGAUGACUCCACCACAGAGGAUGAGCCACAGACACCAACAGAUGAGCCCUUUCACAUUACUGUUGGAGAUUCUGUAAUACUGUUUCCGCCCCCACCUCCACCGUAUUUUUUGGAUCCUUCAUCACAAACCGCACACCAUGGGGGUAACCCAUUGCCCAGGAGUGAGAACCCACCUUCUUAUAACAGUAUUUUUAAUACAAGAGUACGUAUUAAUGGACAAGACAGUCUCACAGUCCGGGAUACAGUGUAUACCAUUUCUUUGCCAAGUACUUCUGAGGGCUAUACCAACCCUUCCUUCUUACCUGAGCCACCACCGAAGUAUGAAGAGAAAGAUCCUUGCCCUACAGGACCUACUGAUGCUUCAUCUCCGGUGUCCUCUGCUGAACCAGCCUUGCCUCCUCAAAUUCCACCCUAUGAAGAACUUGAAUAGAAGCUGAAAUGGAUCGCAUGGUUUUUUUUACAGACUGUUUUAGUGGUAGAGAGAAACUUUCACAACAGAAUGCCAGAGGAACAUGGGACAUCUGUUCCAUGAGGGCUUAAGAAUCUAAAAUUGAUACCUGAGCAAUGGUAAAGUGCUGCUAACUGUUCUUGUAGAAAUAUGAAAUGUUAUCUGAUGAUAUCACUUUGGCAAAGAAUCAGGUGGCUCACUGGCAAGGGGCCAUAUUUGUUGCUGUCAGUAAGAUACUGAGGAUGGAAAUUGUGUAUGUCCAGUAUCUGGACAAUUAUAAAUUUGUACAAAUACUUUACUAUUUAAAUUGCAGCUUAGAAAUUUGAUGAAAUUGGGAACUUGUAUUUCCAUGUGUGAAAUUUUAAUUUGCUACUGAAACAACACGCUAAUGCAUAGUAUUCAUGUUUUAAGACUUGUUUUCUCUAAGUGUAAGAGAAAAUUAAUUUUACCAACAUUUUUCCACUGAAAUUAUUUUUAACAAAUGUUUUUGAAUAAAUAUUAAUUCACCUGUGUGCA